AUGGCUAGCAAAGACACGCCAAAAAAAUAUUACAAGAAAUCGGUAUCGACUGAUAUUUCACGAUGCAGGCUUUGUAACUCUGUUGUUGAUCGUACUCACAACAAAAAUAUAUUUCGAAGCUCGAAUCUGACCAUUUUGCGAAAUAUAGAGCAGAUAUACGGUUGUGCGUUGCCACAAGAAAAUCUCCUUCCGUAUCUGAUCUGUAGGCCGUGCGAGAGAAGGUUAAAUAAUGCCAUUCAGUUCAAGAAUACGAUUGUGGAGACUCGACGAUCGUUACAGAAUGAUUUGCGUACCAAGCGAUGUAAAGAACUUCCGCCUUCUGUAACAAAACAGUCGACCAAAAUACAUGCAGCUGGUGCUGGUCCGCGUAGACGUAGCAUAGACUUUGACUUGGUUGAGGUUUCUAUACCUGUAACUGAGGUAAAGUAACACUAUUUCUUACUUACAGUAUUUCAAUCAAAAAGCAAUAUUUUACUGGUAAUAUAAAGUCUGAGCGAUAUUUUGCGAUUAUGAUUAUUUUGCGUCGUGAAACUGAUUUAUUAUUCAUGCUAUUCAGUCUAUUCAUGAAUGUUCUUAUUCAUGAAUUACAGUAGACAAUGGUUCUACUGUAUUCAUGAAUUUAUCAUGUAUUUUUUCAAUUAUAUUUUAUUCUAUCGACGUGUAUAUGGCGAGGUGUACUAUUUGGGCUAUUUGUGAAAUAAGAAAGUAUUUUAUACAGUAUAAGGAAUUAAGUAAAUAAAUAUUUUAUUAUUGUCUCAUUUUUUUUCAUUAUCUAGGGUCAAGUGUUGGAUGAAGAAGAGCCAUCUAAACAUGAACAUGACGUUUUACAAAAGGCAAAUAAAGAGCUCCUCGAAGUCGCCAGAAGAAGCACACCAUCAGUCUUGAGAAAGAGAAAAUAUGAAGGGAUGUCUGCUGAAGGUUGGAUGACAGAGGUUUUGAAUGAACUUUCAACAAGAUGUCCUACCGUGAACAACAUACUUACAAGCCUACUGGAAAGCGAUUACCAUUCAGAGAGGAAAAAUCCUGCCAUCUGCUUAAUUUAUGGUAUCAUAGGGUUCCUACGAUGUCAUGAGUUGAGCCGAGUACAGCGAAUCAAUUCAGUCCUGCUUACGCAAGGGCAAGCAACUGUAAAUGUAAGUACCCAUAAUUUACCCAUUAAAUACCCUGGGGCUCUUUACAAG